AUGACGGGGUUCAGGGGGGAUUCAGGCAACGAUAAGAACCUCUGCAGCAAGGCCCUCCUGAGCGGAGUGAACGCGCUCAGCAAGAACGACCUGGAGGACCAGAACGCGGUUCUGUCCGACGUGUUGGAGCUGGAGAUGAAGGCCGUCUUCGAAGACCUCUGGCUGGAGGUCACUUUGGGAACUAUCGUGUUCCUGAAGCCGCCGUGGACUCUCCACGAUGUCCUGCGGUGCUUGAAGAAGCACUGGAUCGCUGUGUUCGGCCAGGUGGCCCCACGGAGGCAGCUGGACAACGUCUUACACCUCAUCGACUUCUUCAACUCAGGCCAAACGGCGACCUGCGACACGACGGCGGCCGCCGUCCGGCAAGCGAAGGAGCUCGUCAACGUUUUCAGGGAAAGGUCGCGACUCGUCCCCGGGGCCGUCUCCACGAUGGAGAACAUCGACAACGCGCUGCGGCCGCCGCCGCCGUGUGAAGCUCCAGCCCGUGACGUCGACAUGAACGAUACCGAAGAGGAGGAGCCGCGCCGCCCCACCAGGAGGUGUGGGCCCUGUUUGAGACCACGUGGGCCCGCCUGUCUCAGAGGAGCUUGGAGGUGUUCAGAGUUCUGGGCUUUGACCACGACGCCACGCAGAGGCCGGUGGGGGGGGGGGGUCCUCCGCCGCCGCGGUCUGCCUGCACGAGCUGCGGUCCGUGGUCGCCCAGCUGCUCCGAGCCUUCAGCAGAUCGCUGACAUGGACUCCAGACUGACCACCACAGACCUUCUGGAUUGUUUCUCACGAGAAGACUACAGGGAGAAGCUGAUGACCGGAGGGAACCAGCUGACGGGCCUCAAAGAGGUUCUGGACCGUUGUCUCGGGACCACAGCAGCACCGCCCUGACUGGAUCAGAACCUGGGAGCCCAAUAAACUGAUAGACUUGAA